AUGUGCUCCCUUCCCAUGGCAAGAUACUACAUAAUCAAAGACGCACAUCAAAAGGUUUUGUACACACGGAAUGGGCAGCUGCUGGUGGGAGAUCCUGAUGCAGACAAUUGCAGUGCUGAAAAGAUCUGUAUCCUUCCUAACCGAGGCCUGGACCGCUCCAAGGUGCCCAUCUUCCUGGGGAUCCAGGGAGGAAGUUGCUGCCUGGCAUGUGUUGAGACAAGAGAGGGGCCUUCCCUGAAGCUGGAGGAUGUGAGCAUCGAGGACCUAUACAAGGGCGGUGAACAAACCACCCGUUUUACCUUUUUCCAGAGAAGCCUGGGCUCUGCCUUCAGGCUCGAGGCUGCUGCUUGUCCUGGCUGGUUCCUCUGUGGCCCAGUUGAGCCCCAGCAGCCAGUGCAGCUUACCAAAGAGAGUGAACCCUCUACCCUUACUGAGUUCUACUUUGAACAGAGUCGAUAG